AUGUUGUAUCGAAGUGUCACUUCCAAUCCGACUUUUCCCGAUCUUCUGUGUGUCGUAUGGAAUGGAAUGAAUCUUCACCGUGGCUUUCCCGUGUCUCGUGAAUGUUGUGAUUCUGCGCUAGUGGUCAACGACAAUGUUUUGCUGGAGGUCCUCUUUAUUUGCCGCGAGAUUAACAGCCGAGGCGACAUCUCGAUUGUUCUACGUCUCUCAAUAACCUCGCAAGUUCUCUGUCUACCCGAUACAAGCAGCCAUCCUGAUCGUUCUACAUCUCUCGUUGACCUUGCAAAUACUCUAUAUUCUCGGUACCAACAGCAUGGAAGGACUGAGGAUCUUGAGGAUGCCAUCCAGCUGCAACAAGCCGCUCUUGAGCUUCACCCUGAAGGCCAUCCCAAUCGAUCUAUAUCUCUCAAUAACCUCGCACAUUGUCUGUCUAUCCGGUAUGAACAGCGGGGAAGGAGUGAGGAUCUUGGGAAUGUCAUCGAGUUGCAACAAGCCGCCUUUGAGCUUUACCAUGAAGGCCAUCCUAAUCGUUCUACGUCUCUCAAUAACCUCGCAAGUUCUCUGUCUACCCGGUACGAGCAACGCGGAAAGACUGAGGAUCUUGAGAAUGCCAUCGAGUUGCACCGAGCCGCCCUCAAGCUUCGCCCUGAAGGCCAUCCCGAUCAUUCUGUGUCACUCAGGAAACACUGUCUUUAUACGCUCAAAUCGAGGAACGAUGGAACAUGGAUGAGUUUGAAGACUUGCCUUCUUGCCGCGCGCCAAUGGGCAGACCUUGCACGAUCACACGACCAUGGCACCAGUAUUAAGGCUUACAAGGAAAUAAUAUCGGUUAUUCAGUAUUCUCUCACCGUUAGUCCAACUCUCUGCGAACCAUAUGAUUUCCUUACCAGGAGAAACGUCCGUGGAACAUGGACCUUGGAGGCAGCUUCCUGCGCAAUUGAGAAGAAUGAAUUGGAACAUGCUAUAGAGAUACUUGAGCAAGGGAGGGGCUUACUUUGGUCACAGCUGCACGGGUUUAGCGCUCCCUUGGUUCAGCUUGCAGAAACGAAUGAAGAACUCGCUAACAAGUUUAGGAAUGUCAGUCGCUUGCUAGAGAACCUCACAACAUCACAUGAGGGAUUAAGGUCUAAUUCUGCUAUGGGUAACAGUGGGUUACUUGGGCUAACCGUUAAGACUGGAGGGGAGUCAUUCGACGAGCUAUUGAGGAUGAAGAGACGAUUUUUGAGAGAGCAAGAGGAGAUUGUUAACGAGAUCCGUCGAAAACCGGGAUUCGAAAACUUCCUUCAGGGUACGCCGUUUGAGGUAUUGCAGCAGACCGCUUCAGAAGGUCCGGUAAUUGUAGUUAAUCACUGCAAAUAUCGUUCCGAUGCACUUAUUGUCCUCUCCCGGAAGGAUCAACCAGUUGUCUGUGCGGAGUUAGACAGCAAACUGUAUCAAGAUGCCACCAAAGCUUCGCAAAGCAAUGAGUUUCCAAAUGCCGGGUUCGCAUUCCUAUCUGCCUGCCAUAGUGCCGAACUGUUUCAUUCUGGUGCGUACGACGAAGCACAUCAUUUGUCAGCAGCUAUGCAGUUUAGUGGGUUCCGGAGCGUAAUUGGAACUAUGUGGGAGCUAUAUGAUGAAGACGGGCCAUUAUUUUCCAGAGUGGUUUAUGAGUACAUGAUCGAAUGUGAGGGCGAUGAACCAAUGUAUAAGAGGGCAUCUGCAGGCCUUCGGAAAGCGGCUAUUGAGUUGAGAGCGCAAGAAGGGAUUCCGAGCGAGCGAUGGGUUAAUUUCGUGCAUAUAGGUGCUCGAAUGAUGCCGUAUUGGACUGUACAAUAUAUGUCUGAACGAGAGACGAUCCAACAAUCGUCGAGUAACGCAUCAGGGUGUGGCUGGGACAGAUGUUCGGAAAUUAUGCACGAGGACGAAGCUGAGGCCAAGAAGCAUAAAGUUGAUAUUAUAGCUAUAUGGACAAUUGAGAUGAAAGACCCUUCAGUUGCUUCGGUACUGGAAGUGCUAUCGAACCCUACUGGAAGGUCAGAAGGGAGGAAAGGGACUUCUGACAAGCGUCGUUAA